AUGGCGAUUUUGGGAAAAAUUCUUAAUGUUAUUCUCUUUCUCUUCAUCCUCUUCCCUGCACCAUCUACGGAAGAUAUCCAAAAUAUGAAGAUUCGAUCCGAUAAACGUGGUAAGAUCCUAUUCUCGAAAUUCGGAUUCUCACAUCCCGGUUACGUCUCAGUCGCGGUCUCCUCCGUGUCUGUCACCUCCCCGUUCCCCUUACCACAACCUGAUCCUUCACGUUUGGGUUUCAUGCUUCUUUCGCAUGACUUGAUCGACGAAUACAACCAAGAAUUCCAAAGAAACCACGCUUUGUGCCCAUUGGACAACAAAUUCAUCAAAGUCCUCUUUACUUUCCAAGAUCUCUCCUCUCCUCCUCAGUCUUCUUUCAACAUAUCGUACCAUGUGACAUAUCCAAGUGUGUGUUCACUCUACUUUGUUAAUUGCAACCUCUCCUGCGUGAGCAUGGAUGUCCACACAGAACUCUACAACACCAAUGACGACGGCACUACCAAAAACUAUUUAUCAGCCGGCCAAACGCAGCAUGCAUCUCUUAUCUUCUCUUUCUCCUAUCUGUGUUUUCUAGGGAUAUGGAUCUUGGUUUGCUUCAAGUACUGGCGAUCUCUUCACAUGGUUCAUGUAUUAAUGGGUGUGUUUCUUGUUAUAUCGUUCCUUAACUUUGUCAUUGUGGCCCUGGACCAACAUUAUGUGAAGUUUACAGGUACUUCUCAUGGAUGGGAUGUCUUUGUUUACGUAUUUCAGUUUAUGAGAUUUGAGCUUCUAUUUACGGUGAUCGUGUUGACGGGUUUCGGAUGGGGUUUCUUCAAGCCUCGUUUGCAUGCAUUGGAACUAUUUGUUUUGAUGAUUGUGAUCCUACUUCAGGUUUGGGCUAAUGUCUCUAAUAUAAAUGUAGAGGAAACCCGACCUUAUAGUAUUAAAGACAAGGUGCAUUGGGCCGUAUCGUUCAUUUUUGCAGAGUUUAUUUGUAGCUUUGUUGUUACUCUACCCAUGGCGUGUUCGGUUAGUAUGAUUCAUGGGAAUGCUAAGACUGCUUAUUAUAUGUUUGGUGGUGUGGUUUUGGGAUACACCUUCAUUACAUGGUUUUUUCGUAUGGCUCUGGAUCCCUUUGAAUUUCUCCCAUGGGUGGUUAAUACGACAGAGGAAACCUGCGUUCUUUUUUUGUCUCUGGUGAUGUUUUACAUUUUUAAACCGUUUGACGACAAGGAUGAAACGCAUUGGCUGUGGGGGAACGGGAACAUUAGUUUGGGUAAUGAGUUGCCAACUUGA